AUGAAAUCAGAAUAGCAGCAAACUAAAAAAGGAAUGUGUAACAUAGGAGUUGGUUUAAGACACCUUGGAUUUCAUGAGUAUGAUGAAAUCAAAUUAAAAUUUUAUAGAAGGAUGAAUAAGAUGCGAAGAGCAAUAGCAACAUCAACAGCAACAGCAACAGCAACAGCAACAGCAACAGCAACAGCAACAGCAACAGCAACAGCAACAGCAACAGCAACAGCAACAGCAACAGCAAAAAUAAUAUAAUGA